UUUAAAGCAAGGGAGAGGAGAGAGAGAGAGAGAGAGAGAGAGGAGGAGGAAGAUGAAGAAGAAGAAGUACCUGUAGUUAUAGUUAUAGUUCCUUCUUUCUUUCUCCUUCCUUGCUAAUUCCUCCAUGUCCACCAACCAAAACCCACUGAAGAGAAAUCAAUCAUCAUCAUCAUGAAACACCCUCUGCACACAGCACUUCCAAAAAGCACUUCUCUCGUUCAUCAAAACCUUCAUUUCCUUAUAUUUCCCUCUCUUCUCCUUCCCUUCUUCUCAGCAACCACAUCAACUCAUCAGUCCAGUACUCCCAAGCCAUGAAACCUGCAGAAGAUUAUUGUAAUUUCCUCAUUUUCUUUAUCGCCCUGGUUCUUCUGAUCACCCCCUCUGCAAUUGCAACAGCCCUACCACUCCAACUUCUCUCCCUGCUUUCCCUCAAAUCCUACCUCAGAGAUCCACUCUCCAGCUUCCAUGACUGGAACCCCGCCCCCACCUUCUCCAAAGCCGAUUUUCAAGACCCAAUUUGGUGUUCAUGGUCUGGAAUCGAAUGUCAUCAGAAUUCCGCUCAAAUCACCUCCCUCGAUUUGUCCUUCCGUAAUCUCUCUGGCUCAAUUCCCCCCGAAAUCAGGUACUUGACGAGCUUAAUCCACUUGAAUUUGAGUGGAAACAGCUUCGUUGGCUCUUUCCCCACCGCCAUUUUCCAGCUCACUCAGCUUCGAACUCUCGAUAUCAAUCACAACAACUUCAGCUCCACGUUCCCGCCAGGGAUUUCCAAGCUCAAGUUCUUGAACGUCUUCGAUGCCUUCAGCAACAACUUCACCGGUCCACUACCGCAAGAACUUCCCCACCUUCGGUUCCUCGAGAGGCUCAACCUCGGCGGGAGCUAUUUCAGUGGCGGCAUUCCGGCGAGUUACGGGAGUCUUUCACGGUUGAAGUAUUUGCAUUUGGGUGGGAACGUUCUUGAUGGGCCAAUUCCAGGGCAACUAGCUUACUUGACGCAGCUUGAGAGAAUGGAAAUCGGUUAUAACAGCUUCUCCGGUGGAAUACCGUCGGAAUUUCCAUUGUUGUUAAAUCUGAAAUACUUGGAUAUUGCCGGAGCUAAUCUCUCCGGAACUCUUCCUCAAGACAUUGGGAACAUGACGAAGCUACAAAGUCUGCUUCUCUUCAAGAAUCGCAUCACGGGACAAAUUCCGGAAAGUUUAGGAAAUAUGGUAGCGCUUGAGCAGCUUGAUUUGUCUGAGAAUCAACUUACAGGAACGAUUCCGUUGGAUUUGUAUAACCUGAAGGAAUUGACAAGGUUGAGUUUGAUGAGAAACAAUCUCAGUGGGGAAAUUCCACAAGCAGUUGGCGAUCUUCCAAAUCUUGUCAGUUUGCAAUUAUGGAACAACUCACUCACUGGCCCUCUCCCUCAAAAUCUCGGCGAAAACGACAAGUUGCUGCAAGUCGACGUGUCGUCAAACAUGCUUUCCGGUCCGGUUCCGCCAAAUCUCUGCCAUGGAAACAAGCUCUUCAAGCUUAUUGCCUUCUCGAACAGACUAGAAGAAGAACUUCCCGCCUCUCUAAUGAACUGCACCUCUCUGUCUCGCCUUCGAAUCCAAAACAACCGCCUCAACGGCUCCAUCCCUUACGGCUUCGGACUGUUACAGAAUUUGACGUUCGCCGACUUGAGCAACAAUAACUUUUCCGGCGCGAUUCCGGCUGAUUUUGGUAAUGCAGUUAAGUUACAGUACUUAAACAUUUCGCAGAACUCCUUCGGAACUUCCUUACCGGAUAACAUCUGGAAUUCGACGAGCUUACAGAUCUUCUCGGCGAGUUCUGCCAAAAUCGUCGGCAACAUCCCCGAUUUCAUCGGCUGUAGAUCCAUCUACAAGAUCGAACUCGAGGAUAACAACUUAAACAGCAGUAUUCCAUGGACAAUUGGUCACUGCGAAAAGUUGCUCACUCUGAAUUUAAGCCACAAUUCCCUAACCGGCAUUAUUCCAUGGGAGAUUUCGACGCUUCCGUACAUCACCGCCAUUGAUCUGUCACGUAAUAUUCUCACAGGUACGAUUCCUUCAAACUUCCAAAACUGUAGCACAAUCGAGAGUUUCAACGUGGCAUACAACAACCUCACCGGUCCUAUUCCAUCGACCGGAACCAUAUUCCCCGGUUUACAUCCA